CUGCUCAGUCGGUGUCCUCUGGAGUAAGAGCACCAUCUCCCACCCCUUCAGCAGUGUCCUUGGGAUCAGAAAAACCCAGUAAUGUUUCUCAGGACAGAAAAGUUCCUGUUCCAAUUGGGACUGAACGAUCUGCACGUAUUAGACAAACUGGAACUUCUACUCCAUCUGUUAUUGGAAGUAACUUAGCUGCUCCAGUGGGACAUAGUGGGAUCUGGUCCUUCGAAGGUAUAGGUGGCAAUCAAGACAAGGUGGAUUGGUGUCACAGCGGGAUGGGGAGCCACAUGAUCCACAGGCCCAUGUCGGAUCCAGGCGUGUUCUCACACCAAGCCAUGGAGAGAGACAGCACGGGAAUCGUAACGCCUUCCGGUACAUUCCAUCAGCCCGUUCCUGCAGGAUACAUGGACUUCCCAAAAGUCGGGGGUAUGCCUUUUUCUGUGUAUGGGAAUGCAAUGAUUCCUCCUGUAGCCCCCAUCACAGAUGGUACUGGAGGCCCAAUAUUCAACGGGCCUCAUGCUGCUGACCCAUCUUGGAACUCACUGAUAAAGAUGGUUUCGAAUUCCACAGAAAAUAGUGGGCCUCAGACGGUGUGGACUGGAACCUGGACACCUCACAUGAACAGUGUGCAUAUGAACCAACUGGGCUGACUGGGAUCAACUUGCAAGCCUUGAGAUUCCUUUUCUCCUGGAGGAGAACACAAAUGGCAGAAACAGUUUAUGUGCUCCCAGAUCAUUCUACUGAUGUGCUUGACUGAAGUGUGUAGGCUUUUUGCAGAAGAACUUACUAACUGACCUUUUUCUGUGAACAUUGUGACCGCCCAUUCCCCACCAUCAUACGUUUCAACUUAGUUAGCCUUUACUCCUUCCUUUCCUUUUUUUUUUUUUUUUUGACAUAACUUUCUGUUGAAGCUGUUCUUUGGCUGGUUGGUUUUAGUACUGUAAACUGCUUCUGAGCAAACACAGAAAUUUAGCAAAAUUAUGUAAACUUGAUCCUGAAGUUUUAGAAUGGCAAAUAAAUGUACAAUUGUUUACAUAACAAAUGGCUAAGCAGAAAGUAAAUUUCAAUAUGUCAGUAUAGAGGCUCUACUUUAUGUAGACUUAAAUUAAUGUGAGAUAUGUACCUUCAUAUUCAGAAAUCUGGAUGUUUCCUUCAUACAUUAAACUAUUAAUAAGCAUAA